AUGCUUACCCUGACGCAGCCGCCAGCACCCUACGGCUACAAGUCCGUUCAUGAUUUGCCAACGCCGCCCUCCUCCUUCCGCCCUUCUCCUCCCCCGACUCACCCAGAGGCCUCGCACAAGCCGUCGCCGUCCCUCUCCCGCGGCCAGAGCCCCGCGAGCCUGCUCAUGUCGACUCCUCACCGAGGGCUGCCUCCGCCGGCGGCCAUGGCCCUGCCUCCCCAGCCGCCGCCGCCCUCGGCCGUCGCCCCGGCCUCGCACCACCCCCAGCCGUGGGCUAGCCUGCCGCCGCCGCCGCAGCAAUGGCAGGGCGCCGAGGAGUCGAUGAGAAACUGGCUCGUGGCCAAGGCCGAGGAGGAGAAGACGAGGCAAGAGAGCCUCCGCCUGGAGCAGCGACGAGUCGAAAUGGACAUACUGCGAGCCUCGCUCACCGGCGGCAUCCCUCCCCCCAUGAUACCGCUCGUCUUCGCCGGCAUGGGCGCCGGCGGCACCCUCCCCCAGGCCGCCCUGGACUGGGCCCAGCACUUUAUGCAGUCUGCGCAGGGCCAGCACGCCCACCUGCCUCCCCCGCAAAGGCCGCACUCACCCGAACUCCACCAUCGGAGGGGGCCGUCCCCGGCCCAGGGUCACUUUCCCGGUCCCCCCGCGAACCCGGCGCCGACCCAGGGGCCCGCCGCAUACAGCCAGUACCCGGCCUCCCCGACCAGACCCCGCGGCCAGACGGUGACGGGCGCGCUGGGGAGACACGCGCCGAGCGUGCCCAGCCUCGGCCCGAAUCCCGCGCAGCCGGCGCCGGCAGGGGGCGGAGCCCCGAUGGCGCCGUACCAGCAGCAGCCUCACGUCCAGGCGCCUUCGGUCCAGCAGGACGCAAGCCCCUCCAUUUACUUUCAUCAUUGGCAGCCACCAGCGUCACAGGCAGGAAGCGGCGGCCCGAACAGACCAGGAACCCCGUCUGGGGAAACGCAUAGGAAGCGCAAGACGACGGCGUCACAGCAACAUCACCAACAGCAACAGCAACAGCAGCCCAUGCAAGCAGCCGGCGAACAGCGGCUUCGUUCCCCGCCGUCCUUUGUCCCGAGCAGUCAGUCAAACCCACCCACUGGCAGGAGAACACACAAGCGCCAAAGAAGCGACGUUGCGUGGUACCGGCCGCCCGGUCAGGGGCAGGCCGAAGAGCCGGAACGCGCGGGGCGAACGAGGACGCCUAGCCGCGAGGCCGACACGGGCUCGCCGCGAGAGGCGUACGGCGCCGAGGGCAAGAUGCACCCCGUGUCGGCGUUACUGUCGCGGGAGCCGGCCGAGGGCCCACGGUCACACUUUUACCUGGGGUACGGCCCUCAAGCGCCGGUCGCGGAGCGACGCGACGAAGAGGGGGCGGCGCGAGAUAGAGGCCGUUCUCCAGGCAGGGGAGAGGCCAAGCCGGGCGGAGGCGCUGCAGGCUCAGCUGAACCAUUCCGAUGA